AACCUAGCCAUUCUCAAAGUUAUGGCUAUCAAAAGAAAUUUUAACCAAUGGAGACAAAGCUUGGUUUCUUCGCACUAUUCAUUUCCUUUUCUACAUUCCUUUUUCCUGCUUUUUCCAUUACCCUUUUUGACCAUGACAUCAAUGAUUGGUGCAACAAAGCCCCUUACCCCAAUCAAGGCAAGUAUUUCAUGAACCAUGGUGCGUAUCAUUUCGCACCCAAGCACAAGACGGAUUUCAAGAAAAUGGCAAUGCAAAUAGCCAUGGAAAGAGCCCUCCAAGCUGAGACUUACACCAAACAACUAGGUGCGAAGUGUCGGAAUGAACGCGAGAAGGCAGCUUGGUCCGAUUGUGUUAACCUCUACGAGAGCAUAAUUAUCCAACUCAAUAAAACACUCGACCCAAAUACCAAGUGUACCGAUUUUGAUACACAAACAUGGUUAAGUACAGCCUUAACAAAUCUUGAAACUUGUCGAACCGGGUUCGCUGAGCUAGGCGUUAAUUCAGACUACAUUUUACCUAGUCUCAUGUCCAACAAUGUGUCUGAAUUAAUUUGUAACACUUUGGCACUCAACAAUAUUAAUGGGUCCACUUUGAAGCAAACUUACAAAGAUGGUUUCCCAACUUGGGUUCAUCCAGGUGACAGAAAAUUGUUGCAAUUAUCUUCCAUAAGGCCAAAUAUAGUGGUGGCUCAAGAUGGUACGGGGAAUUUCCGGACAAUUAAAGCAGCGUUAGAUGCUGCUGCUAAAAGAAGCGGAAAUGGAAGGUUUAUUAUACAUGUGAAGCGUGGAGUUUACAGAGAAAAUUUGGAGAUUGGAAACAAAAUGAAGAAUAUUAUGUUGGUUGGUGAUGGGUUGAGGUACACCAUUAUCACGGGUAGCCGCAGUGUAGUAGGAGGUUCUACCACGUUUAAAUCUGCUACUGUUGCUGUUACUGGGGAAGGAUUCAUUGCUCGAGGCAUUACAUUCCGCAACACAGCUGGUCCACAAAACCAUCAAGCAGUUGCACUGCGUUCUGGAUCUGACCUAUCCGUUUUCUAUCGUUGUGGAUUUGAAGGAUAUCAAGACACGCUUUACGCCCAUUCACAAAGACAAUUCUAUAAAGAAUGCUACAUAUAUGGGACAGUUGACUUCAUUUUUGGUAACGCCGCAGUAGUUUUGCAAAACUGCAUGAUAUUUGCUAGGAAGCCAAUGGAUAAACAGAAGAUUACUAUAACAGCACAAGGCCGCACUGAUCCUAACCAAAAUACAGGAAUUUCAAUACACAAUUCGCGAGUUAUGGCAGCUUCUGAUCUUAGGCCUCUGCUAAGUACAUUCAAGACAUUUUUGGGAAGACCUUGGAAACAAUAUUCACGUACUGUUUUUAUGAAAACGUACCUUGAUUCAUUGGUAGAUCCUGCUGGUUGGCUAGAAUGGGAUGGUAAUUUUGCUUUAAAUACUCUCUACUAUGGAGAAUAUAGGAACAGUGGACCUGGAGCAUCGACUAGUAGGAGAGUCAGAUGGCGCGGAUAUCGAGUGAUCACAAAUUCAAAUGAAGCAGCAAAGUUCAGUGUGGAAAAUUUUAUUGCUGGUCGAUCAUGGUUGCCUGCAACCAAUGUGCCAUUUCGUGCUGGUCUCUAAUAACAUGAUUCUUUUAUAAUUGGUGUACUCCUUUUGGUUUUGUUUGGUUAAUCCAUGUUGUAUUGUUUUGCAAUUCUUAAUCGACAAGUGUGUUUUUGUAAAAGUUAUGUAUUAAUUGUACGUAAUAGGUGAAUAAGUAUCAAAGCAUCGGAUACUAUGAUCAACUCUUGUAAUGAUUGUAUUGGGGAAAAUUAAGUUCAUGUAUAGAAUUAAUUAUGAGGUGACAUGUCA